AGGCUAUUACAGCAACAUUCACGGGUUCUCGCCAACGUGGUUACAAUGGGACUCAAUUAUUGUCCAUAUGCCGCUUCUAAAUCUUUUCUGGUGGUCCUUAUAGUCAUGAAUGGUCUGCUGCAUCUCCCUCAAGCCACCGGCAAAAAUUGCAACCAUAAACUGCCUAGUAAGUAGUGAAGGCACUUUUUGGUUUUUCUGAGGCAGGUUUUUUCUUCUUUAUUAUUUUUUAUUUCGUUUUAUUGUUACUCAGUUCAGAAUGGCUGUUGCCAAUUUUUUUCACGUGCCAUAAGACUUGUUAAUGGUUUUAUCUUUCCCCCUCUUCCAGUAAUACCUGAUGUAGAGAUUUCCACAAGUCCACCAAUGCAGAAACUAGCUGUUGGUACAGCGGUAAACCUGACUUGUAUGGCGCAGCCCAGGAGUAUUGAUGCAGGAUAUUACGAUAGAUGGACCGAGUACAUUCAAUGGUAUGACCCACAGGGCAAGCCAGUUGGACAUAAAUGUGUGCAGGGUAGAACAAUGGUGUUAAAACUUAGAUGUACUUUAAUUCUCAAAAACCUGACGGCAGAGAAACUCGGGAACUACACGUGUGAAGCAGGAAAUCCAUAUCCUGCGCACUGCAGAAGAAAAUCAGUCGAAAUUGGUCCACAAGGUAAGCAACAGAUUGGGAAAGUAAUACAAGGACAACACUUAGGUGAUGACUGGUAAAUUAAAUGAAAGUAACGUAGAAAUAAAAGGAAAAUAGCAUUAUCUAAAUAGUUCUUCGUCUCGCUGGUGUAACUGAUAGUCUCAUGCCCCAUUUUUUUUCAAAUUGACUCUUUUUAGUAUUGCAACAUAAUAAGAGGAUAGCAAAAGGGGGAGGGGGAGGGGGGUGUCCUGAUCCCUUUUCACGCGCAAUUUCCGCGUUUUAUUUUAAAACGCAUUUUAGGCGUCACAAAAAUAAAUAGUAAUCCUUCAAAUCGUGAGAUGAAAGAAGUAAAUCACACGUUUCGUCUGUUCUCGCCCCCCGCUGGUUCAUAAAUACACGUAUCACGUUCGUCUUCUGUAAAAUCCACGCGUCACGUAUUAAAUUUGGCCUUAAUUAUACUUGGAGUUUAACCCGUUGCUAUCCUCUAAUGAAGCUACAUAGAAUUCCCUGAAAGAAUGACCUGUGGGAUAUUUUAGCUCUUUUACUAAAAAAAACCAAAUACAAUUUCGCUUAUAUUAUAAGUCGUGUUACCGACUCCGUCUCUCCUUGGUCUUUGUCAGCCUGAUAUGAAAUUUUACAAUCACUGACCUUUUCUUAAAAACAACAAGCUGUUGAUAUUGCAUUAGCAAGCAAGACGCACCAUUCUUUCAUCACCCUCAGCGUUACAUAUGCUUUCUGUAUUUUUAUUAUCAGAGAAAUAAACAUUAUCUGUUGUCAUAUUCUGUUCUUUAGGAAACCAAACCCUUUAAAUCGUUGAAGAUCUGAAGAGCCAAAGCGUUUUUAUCAACCCUAAUUUAACUCUGAACUACACUCCAACUACUCAUCCUAAGCCAACCACCUUAUGGAUGAAAAACCAUUAUUCAUCAUAUGUUAUUAUGCUUUACAAACCAACAAAACCAACCCAAGGGUAGCGAAGAGGAUUAUUUCUUAUUACUUUACAAAAGGUGUUGGCUUUGUUUCUUUGAAGCGUUUCACUUACGUUUAGGGUAAUGAUGAAAUAGGAGAACACGCGGAUUACUUUCUCAGAUAUUUUGGUAUGUUGCAUGAAGGUAAAAACGUCAUAGCGGAAAGAAAAACAAAGUGAAGAGAAAGGCAAGAGAAAUGUAGAUUUGCACGAUUAAUUUUUUUUUUCGGGGGGAGGGGGGAAGAGAAACAGGGGAAAGGGAUUUCUGAACAUGCCGUCGUUGUGGCAGUAAUAAUUCUCUCAAUUUCUAUUUUUCAAAUUUCAAUUUUAUUCCCCAGACAUCAAGCCCAAUCAAAGCGUGAGAGAUUUAGAAAACCAAACAACUCCUAUCAGCUUUAGUCUGAAUUUUAUCUGCACCGCCAGUGGUUAUCACAACGCGAGCAAUUCACCGACGAAGGACAGCGACCCGUAUUCUAAGCAAUUCAACCGAAUUGCCAAGCUUAAACUUUUAGUUCUAGACCACAAGUACCAUUGCAUUGGUGGAACCAGCGCAGGAGGAAACAUGUUAGAGAGGCUCUCCAACACGUCAACCAUCAGCUUAAAAGUUAAUUUUUAGCAUAGUAUAAUAUAUACUUCACUAUGAAUAAUGCCAACGUAUAAUAGAAGCAUGGAAUUAAGUAGUUAUAUUUUAGACGAUGCCAUAGUCCAGUAAAAGUAUUGAAGAUCAGUGACUUUAAAUGACGUAAACCUCUGUGAAAAUACUGACACCUAGCUAUUCAUUGUUCUCACUCUUUUGUAAAAUUGCUGACAAACAGUAAUUUUUGAAUCAAGUUGAGGAACUUUCCAGAAGUAUUGAUAAGACAAUGGAGGCACCUGAAAUGAAGAAGUUUUUUUUUCUUCUUUUUAUUCACUGAUGUAUUCUUUGCAUAACAGUUAAAAUAAAAAUAGCAGCUUUGAAGCUUUAAUUUUUUUCCUUAAAAGUUGUGAGGGGGUCUCAAUGGGAUGAUGGCUCUAACGACUAAGGUUAAACCUUUGGCCAUCUUACAGCUAAUUUAACGGUCAAUUAAUUUCCUUUGUGGUUACCAGAAUAAAAUCGACAGUUGACGGUG